CCUCCUUUCAGUCAAAGCAGCCCGGGAACACGGCAAAACAGCAUCUACCCCACUCAUUGAUGGAUUAAAGACAAAGUUUUAUUCUAAAAACUCACAGAAAUUCCUCCAGGCUGAGACGUUGGACUGAACAAUGACCAUGCGGUGGCUCCUGAAAGUCUCCAUUGUUAUUUUGGCCAUGAUGGAUCUAAUGAGAUGUCAACAAAAAAGGAGGAAAGGACAAAGAGAUGAUAACCGAGUCCUCAUCAAUGAUGCAAAAAUUCUGGUCUGCCCAGUGGAGAUCAUGUUCAUCGUGGACAGUUCAGAGAAAGCUAAAGCUCUGCUGUUUGAACGACAGAAGGACUUCAUCCUGCGCUUUGGUGCCAAGCUCUUGCAGGUGCAUUCGCCCGGCUGGCGAAUGCGGGUUCGCCUGGCGGCCAUACAGUACAGCAGCACCGUAUCAGUGGAGCACAACUUCAGAGACUGGCAGGACCUGGAUGUGUUUCAGAGCCGCGUGUCCGCCAUGAAAUUCAUCGGCCAUGGCAGCUAUUCCGCCUAUGCAAUCACCAACGCCACCAAGAUGUUUGUUCGUGAGACGUCCUCCAGCAGCCUGAGGGUGGUGCUGCUGAUGACUGACGGAAUGGAUCACCCACGCAGCCCCAGCGCUGUGACAGCUGCCGCCGAGGCCAAACAGCACAACAUCAGAGUGUUCAUGAUCAGGCUGUCAGGCCUUCCCAGGGAUGGUCCCAUGGGCACAAAGCUACGAUCUAUUGCCAGUGCCCCCCCACAGCAGCAUGUCCUCAGCCUCACUGACAGCCAACUGGACGACAGACUCCUCAAUGAAAUGAAUUCAAUUGUCAAAACUGGGUGCCCUCAGCCGAAGACGUGUCUAUGUGAGAGGGGCGAGAGGGGUCAUCCUGGAAGCCCAGGAAAACCAGGCGAGCCCGGAUCCGAUGGAGCUCCAGGUCCAAAGGGUUCUCGUGGGGAACCUGGUAUUAAUGGACGUCCAGGAAUGGAGGGCCUUGAGGGUCGACCUGGCAGUAAAGGAGAAAAGGGAGAGCAUGGUGAAUGUGGUGCCCCUGGUAAAAAAGGAGAACAGGGGGAAGGUGGACCUUCUGGCCCCAGAGGCCCCAGAGGAGAGCAGGGGCCAAACGGAGAACCAGGAGACCAAGGUCCAGAGGGAUCAUCAGGAUCUAAAGGUGAGCGUGGACCAAGGGGUGCACCCGGACCACCAGGAGAUAACGGUGUUGGAUUCCCUGGACCUAAGGGUGAUAAGGGAAACCAAGGAAGACCAGGCCCACCAGGACCGAUGGGUAUCGGAGAACCAGGCAUGACUGGUCCAGCAGGGCCACCAGGGAUGCAAGGUUCCCCAGGUUUUCCAGGUGAAGGUCUCCCAGGAUCAAAGGGUGAUAGAGGAUACGAGGGCCCCAAGGGCAGCCGUGGGCUUCCAGGAAUAGGGUACAAAGGUGACAAGGGAAGCACAGGAGCUACUGGGUUGCCAGGUAUGGUGGGGUUUCCUGGGGCCGGGAUCCAAGGAGAAAAGGGGGAACAAGGGCCAAUUGGACCUUCUGGUCCCAGAGGACCUGCUGGACUGGGUAUAGUUGGACCAAAAGGUGACCAGGGUUUUCCUGGAGAGCCUGGACCGCAGGGGGAGAGGGGUUUAGGUGAACCUGGAGCAAAGGGAGAACCAGGACCUGAAGGGGCUUCUGGGAUACCUGGCAUUCCUGGUGAGGAUGGAGCUGUUGGUGCUAAGGGUGAGAUGGGGUUACCAGGUCUGCGAGGGCUAGAGGGAGCAGCGGGAAAAGGAAUCCCUGGAGAAAAGGGAGACAGAGGGGACCGUGGUCCAAGGGGACUUUCAGGAGCCCCAGGCCCAGUUGGACCAGCAGGAGCUAAGGGAGAGCCUGGCAGUCCAGGAAUGGGGGGCCUACCCGGACCUGCUGGGCGUGGUGUACCAGGACCAAAGGGAGAUCCUGGACCUGUGGGACCAGUUGGACCUGUUGGAGAACCUGGAUUGGGAAUCAUGGGGCCAAAGGGAAACAAAGGGAACCCUGGACCAAUGGGCCUACCGGGAAUAAAGGGGGAAGGGGUCCCUGGACCACAGGGUCUUCCUGGCUUACCUGGAUUACAAGGAGAUAUGGGACCAGAGGGAAAAGGACUACCAGGACCAAAGGGUGACCGAGGUUUACCGGGAGUUCCAGGGUCAACAGGACCUCCUGGAAUUGGCCUGUUUGGACCUAAGGGUUCUCCAGGGCAGUCUGGUCCACCUGGGAUUGCAGGGCCUCCAGGAGAGGGUAUCCAGGGGCCAAAGGGGGAGCCUGGGUUUCAGGGGCCCAUGGGUCCUCGGGGGGCACCAGGUGAUGGCCUUCCAGGAGAAAAGGGUGAUAGAGGCAUUCCUGGAGACAAAGGAAAAAAAGGAGACAAGGGAGACUAUGGAGAACCAGGAUCUACCGGCCCAAUGGGUAGACCAGGUGAAAAGGGAGAACCAGGACUGUCAAGAGAAGAAGUCAUUCGAAUAAUCCGGGAAAUCUGUGGUUGCGGUCUGAAGUGCAAAGAGAGUCCUCUGGAGCUUGUGUUUGUGAUUGACAGCUCUGAGAGUGUGGGCCCUGAAAACUUUGAGUUGGUCAAAGACUUUGUGAACACACUCAUAGACCGAGUGUCUGUGAGCCAAGCGGCCACUCGGGUGGGCGUGGUGCUCUACAGCCACGUGGACAUGGUGGUGGUCAGUCUGAAACAGCAGCCCAGCCAGGACUACAUCAAGGCGGCCGUCAGGAGGAUGCCCUACUUGGGCGAGGGCACCUUCACGGGCAGCGCCAUCCAUCGAGCCAACCAGCUGUUUGAGUUCUCACGACCUGGCGUCCGGAAGGUGGCUGUGGUUUUAACAGACGGGCAGGCUGACCCUCGCGAUGUCAUGCAGUUUGAAGAAACAGCCACACAAGCUCACACAGCAGGGAUUGAGAUGUUUGUCAUAGGCGUCAUAAACAGCACUGACCCUCUGUAUGAAGAGUUCCAGGCUGAGAUGAGCGUUAUCGCCUCUGAUCCCGAUGAACAACACAUCUAUCUCAUCGACGACUUCAGGAGUCUCCUCACUCUGGAAACCACAAUACUGAGUCAGAUUUGUGAACCAGAUGACAGAAUGGCUCUUUUUCCAAACUCUAUCUCUCCAUUUGAGGAAUUCCACCCAGAGGUUCCAGAUAUCAGACGUUCCACCGAGUCCCCAGAGGAGGAAAACACAGGAUUUGAACUCCCAGUGGAGGCUGUAACCUUGACCCCACAACCUGCUUGAGGAAGACGAGAACCUGAGUGAAAUCAAACGCACCACUUCCAUCAGAGUGGAGCCCUGGUUAGAGCUCCCCGACCUGACGCUCACAUCUCCUGACAGGAAGGGGAAGCCGGAUCCUGCAGUGACGUCUGCCGUGGGCCCUCACACACCCACUGAGUGGCUGUACGAAGCAGAGAGCACCCAGCCUCCAGUCAGUCCACCAGCGCCUCCCCUGUCUGUCGCAUCAUUCCCAGAUGAGGGCUGUGGCGAGACUCUGGACCCGGGUCCAUGUAGACAGUAUGUUGUCAAGUGGUACUACGACCCCGAGGCUAACGCUUGUGCUCAGUUCUGGUACGGAGGCUGUCAGGGCAACGCAAACAAGUACGAGACUGAAGCAGAAUGCAGGAAGUCCUGUGUCUACACGUAACAGAAUGUAUCUGGAGAAAGGGCGUGUGUAGAGCUUACAUGUCCUACCAGCGUCACCAUGGAACUGAAUGAUGCAGACGCUCUGCUUUACUGUGUGAGCAGAGCUCUGACGCAGGUGAAGGAGAUGUUAAAGAGCAGACUCGAACCUGCACACUGUCACUAAGACCACAUUCACACUGCAGGUGAUCCUGCUCAGUCCUGUUCUGCAGCACAUGAACAAUGGUGUCCAAUUAUCUCGGAUUAUCUCUUCUCACCAUGUUCACCUUUCCUGACGACCUGUAAUACCAACAGGAGCUUCAAAAAGACUGAUUCAACAUGUUGCCACAAAUACAAGGAGGACGAUACACAGAGAAAAAGCAUCAAGUAAACACAUAAAACCUGCUGUUAUGUGCAACACAGCAGUAAUCCAGGCUAUACAUAACCCUUCACAGAUAAAGCCAUGAAUGAGAGAAUGACCAGAUCAUAUUUGGUAUGUUUUCAUAGACAAGACAAGUUAGACUUUAUUUUGGCUCAUGCUACGUAUGAAAACAAUGGAAAAAAAUACAACAUGAUACAGCACUAUAUGACAGAUAUGAUAGUAAAAAUAUAAAACAAUAAAAUGAAAGCUCACAAAACAUUCCCCAUACAACACCGAUCAUACACUGUUGUCCAUACAGUUGGAAUUAUGUUGUUUUCAGACACAUUCCUCUUUUGAUUCUUAUUUGAACACAUCAGUAAUCACCUUUGACCAGAUGUUAUGAUUACAUACGGAGUCCCACUUAAAUCACAUUGUCACAAUCAUUUAAUGAAAAGAGGUAAACAUAUUUCAUUCCAACUCUAUGUGCAACAGUGUAUUUACCUAAACAUAGAAAUGCAAAACAAUCUUAAACAUUCAUAAAUGCUUUGGUACUUAAUUAAGUUUGUAUUGGAAUCUAUUUUUUGUUACGUUUGUUCCACUUUCAUUUCUGAGCAAAUUGUUUUUUGCUUUGUGAGUCUCCAGGUUCUAAUCAUGGAUGUCAGCAUCUAAGGCGAUCACUAGCUUAUGAACAGAGUGGACAAAUAACUGACCUCCACUAAAAAAACAAACCUGAACACAAACGCUACAUAAACAUGUGCAAAUUUUAAUCCUAGAAACUUUAAAAUUCCUUGACUGAACACAUUCUGGUUAAGGCUUGAGCUGGUUUUUCUGAUUUGUAACUGUAACAUCCUGAAUGUAUUUACUAGACAUUCACUUCCUGAUUUUAACUGAUCUGUAGACGUCAUACCACAGUUUUCAGCCAGGGCAUUAAAGCUGAACACCUCUGCACAUGAAGGAUCAUAGAAUCAUACAGAGAGUACAGAAACAUAGAUAAACCCUUAUUCUAGUUUUGACAAACAUGAUUACAUUAGAUGGAGUAAAAGCCAUAUUUGGAAUGUGGUCCUUUGUAAACAUGUGAACUCUGAUAUGUAGCAUUAGUUUGGUUUCCCUUUGUUUGACAUUUUGGCCGUUGCUGUAUUUCACAAUUGAAAGUGGAGACAGACAGGAAAUGUGGAAAAGAGAAUAGUAGAAUCAAUCCACAGACUCGUACCACUCGGUCACUCAUUAAUGAAUUGCACAUUUUGUUUCACAUUUGCUUACAUUUGAUACUCGACUCUUACACAUACAGUAUGGCUGUAAUUUACCCUCAGUGGUAUGCAGUCAUGUUUGUAGUGAUGCACCAAUGUGUAAAAUGAUAUCUUGGCUGACAAUUUUAUUUUGUUUUUUUGUUUGUUUUUUUCAAUCAAUCAAUCAAUCAGUCAGGCAAAUUUUAUUUAUAUAUAGCCAUAUCAUGCAAAAAAGUUAUCUC